CGACGACGACGGUGAUGAUGACUAUUCAUUACGCUGUGCACGGUUAGAGGACGGAUGGAAAUCGCGAUUCGAGACCGUAUAGGAAUAAAGGAAAGUUUUUCUCGCAUCCGAGAGUAUCGUAUCGUAACCCGCAGAAAAGUGUGUAAAGUCGCGAAAUCUUUCGUUUGCCCCACCGAACGCGAUCACCAAAGUUACGCGUAAGAACGAUUCCGAAUCUGUUGGCGUUCGGUGGUCUGCUCCCUUCGCUAAUGUUGAACAGGUCGACAACCGGUGUUGAGUGAAAAAGUGAACACAGGAGCUUGGCAGAAGGAACAUCUGGCUGUCCAGAAUACUGAAGGAAAAACAGUGUUUGGUGAAUGAUUGGAAGAACUACUGGAAGCUUCUUUCGGUGUUUGAGUCAUUGAACGGGGGGGCUAAUGGCAGUAAUGGCUUACUACGUUAAUGUUUUGAUAUAAAACUAGUGUUUUGUUGUCAGAAUAAAACCGUCAUCAUGGCAGCGAGAGAGUGGUGAUUCAACACGCAGUAACCUUCUAUUGGAUUGUGAAAUUUAGUGGGCUUUAUUCUGAUAAGUUAUCGGUACAAUAUUGAUAAACGACAGAACUAGUGUUUUUGAAUAAUUGAUUGGGGUUAGAUCAUCGAGAAAAUUGACUGUGAAUCGAUCGAUAUCCAGGAGUGGUGUUAUUUGCAAUUCCAUGUACUGCUGCACAUUACUUACCUGACGGUAAUUACCGGGUGAUACGGGCUGAAAGACACACGAGCAUUACUAAAGUCCCGUGAGGGAGGGGUAGAAGACGGACAAACAAAUAACCUCGCUGUGUGACGUAUCGAGUGGAUGUCAGUACCAGUGGAUGGAAGUAGAGACACGCAAAACCCAGCCUGUCCAGUGAGCUGCAGUAGAGCAGUAUCUCGAAUCCUCUCAGGUUGACCAUAAAAGUACUGCUGCUGCUGCGGGUUCCAAGUACGAGUCGUGAGGGCCUUGAUGAUGAAACACCGGAGAACGGUGUAACCAGCGAGACUAUGUGCAAAUACGGCGAAGAAAAUUGAGGACAGUAUGAAUUUACUGUUUAUAUCGAGUGGAUUGUGAUCGCAAACUUUUUUUUUCGCAAAAUCCAAAUAUCAAUGGUCAGCAAUUAAGUCAGUGCAAGUUGACUAUGGAAGUAAUUAUCAGAGACUGGCUGCAAGAGAGCCUUUAGCCUAGAUCUGAUGAAAGCUAGAAGCAACACUCACACCUGGUAGUGCUGUGCUGUGUAAUCAUGAAAAAGACUGAUUCAUACCCAUAGAGUGUAGCCCAAACGGACCACUUUUUGUGUUGUUUUUUUAUUCUUUCCCUAUUCAUACACAUCUCACACCCGUCGUUCUUCAAGUCAAUGAUCUCAGUGGCUUUGUUUGCGUUUGAAAAUUUGCGUUGUUUUUAAGAGAAAGAUAUCGUCUUUUUUGCGUUUGAUUCGGCCUAAAAUUAAAAAAAAAGGGGAAACAAUGAUCUCACACAAGAAAAACUACGUCGAACAGUUGUUACAUCUGGCGCUAACUCUCAGUCUUCUGAGGGUGGAUCCGGAGAAUUUUUUGGAUCUGCACUGGGAAACGCGCCUGGCCGGAACCGGUGUUGGUGGCUGGCAGCUAGAAUUACACGCUGCUCCGCUCACCGACCAAACCUACGUUAACCGGAAAGCUUUGCCAUCCAUAAUCGAGGACCUAGCCCGGUUUGACACGCAAUACAAUGUCCCGUUCAGGCACUUUGACCUGCAGGCUUAUCUGCUCAACAUCCAGAAUUCUAACUCUAGCAAUCAAACUACGGCGGCGCGAGCCUCCUCUCCGGUUCCGAUAGCAACUCAGGACACUCCUAAUUCGACGACAACCGUCAGCCUAGAUCCGUUGCUUCUGCCAAACUUUGAAAGUUUCGAUGCAGAGGAAAUUUUUCUCAGCUCGGAUCCAUUCGCCGAUAGUAAUUCAAUCCUGGAGCAGAACAUGGCAGAUCUGAACGAUUUUGGGGAGGCUCCAAUCAACACCUACGCACUGGAUAUGAUUCCAUUGAAAAAUGAACCCCCGGCUAUGUUUGAAGAUUUGCUGCGGUUACCCUUCGAGCCGGCAAAUUUUGCUGCUUUCCAUGAGCCUCAGCUCGAAACAGAGGACGAGGCCGGCAGUUCGCACGAGUGCUGUCAGGCAUGCGAUGCUCGUAAGAAGAAUGCUAUCCCGCGGGUGCUGGUCAAGGAGGAACAGUUAAGCGAACACGACGGUGAUGAUGAAGAGAACUGCAAGCAGUACGGCGCCCUCGGGGUACAGGUGAAACAGGAACCCGCUGAAGAUUUGUUGCCGAUCAAAAAAGAAGAACCUGACAACGAGGAUGAACAGAAAGUGCCGUUGACUGCUGAGCUUACCAGAGAGGAAAUGGAUCUGAUCGAGGUGCUUUGGAAGCAGGACGUAGAUUUGGGUUUCACCUUGACGGCUCCGACCGCAGUGGCAGCCGGAAGUGGUACAGCCAAGGGAGGCGCCAACAGCUCCGAUGAUCUGGAGAAACUCAAAGUGCUGUUGGAGAUCAAGGAUGGUGAAGAUAAGAGGAAAGAUGAUAAGCAGGAAGCUGAAGAAGAUCCAUGGGCUGGACUGUCGUACACAGUUGAUACCGAGACGGGUGAAUAUGUACUCAACGUCACGGACGUCGACAGUGAGGCCACGCUUCCACCGCCGCUAGCCGAUUUAUUCCUUGCCGAGGAACUCAACCUUCCGGAGCUGAUCAACGAUAGCAGUGAGGAAACCAACGAAGAGCGUGCAAAAACGAAGACAACCGCCGAAGAGGAAGAAGAGGAGUCCGAGGUCAAACGAAUUGAGCGGGAACUCGAAACAUCGGCUGAUGAACUGUGCCAAGGUGCUGCCGCCAGUACCAGUGGUUCAUGUGAUUCUAGUUUCGGUUCCUCUGCAGCUGACACCAGUAGCCUCGUAAGUGGUACAGACUCCUCGCUCAAGGAAUUGGGAACAUCAACGCCGGAAAAGGAUCAGGGUAUCUCCGUUGACGUCGAGUCGGACACAACCGCCGGCAGUGCAGCCGAUGAUCUAGAGAAUCUACUGUGCGAUAUGAUGAUCCAAACGUCAUCGGGGCACUUUCAGCAUCCCCGGCAGCCGAUGCAAAACUAUGGCCACGGGAUGCACGGCACCCUGCGACAGAGCGGUUACCAUCACCAUCACCACCACCAUCAUCAUCAGUCCCGUGUUCCGUUGAGCCGCGCAGUUUCGGUGGAACAGCGCUGGCAGGAUCUGGCCAACUUGCUCAGCUUUCCACCGGGCAUGGGUGUCGGCAUGGGAGUCGGCGAGAUGCCCCCGGCGCAUCCACAUCCGCACUAUCCGCCUCACUACUCCUACCAGUCCACCGGUGCCAUCCCGCAGCAUGGCCAGUACCAUACACAUGCGGCCGUUCUACAGAAUGCAUCGUUGGCGGAUAUCGGACCUACGCAGCCCCACUACGGUCCAAACCUGGGCUCGGCCGUUGCCACCAGCAUGCACCUAACGAACUCCACUUCGGAAACGGACGCGGGAGCUACCGGGUACAAGAUGGAUCACGAAAUGAUGUACUACUCGAACGCAUCAUCGGAAAUGAAUCACACCGAUGGGUUCCUCAACUCGAUUCUGGAUGACGAUCUUCAACUGAUGGACAUCGCAGUGAACGAAGGCAUGUACACCAUGCGCAUGCUGGAGCAUAAUACGAGUAGCAGCAAUUCGUCCGUGCUGGGCGGUGCCGUCGGCGGAGGCUCAGUGGUUGGUCUCAACAAUUCGACCCACUUGGGUGGGCUGAUGUCCAGUGCUGCUGUAGCUGCGUCGGCUGCAGCCGCAGCCGGUGCCAUGCAAACAUCUCUGGCCGGAUCGGCAAACGGUGGUGGUCAUGGUCCGAACGGAGCUACCACCGGAGGAACAACCUCCGGAGAUCGGCUGGACGCAUCCAGUGAUAGUGCCGUUUCUUCGAUGGGAUCGGAACGCGUCCCGUCGCUAUCCGACGGUGAGUGGGGUGACGGUGGAAGCGAUUCCGCACAGGAGUACCAUAACAAGUACGGAGGACCGUUCGACUACAGCUACAACAGCAGCAGUCGACUCGGCGAUGUAUCAAGACAACCCCCGGUAGCCCAGAAAAAACACCACAUGUUUGCCAAAAGAUACUUCCAGGAACAGAACACAACGAUUCCGGCGCUGGCGCCGUCGAAUAAUACCACACCGGCCACAGGCGUUGAUCAUCAAGCCCAAUUAAACGCCAGCAUACCGAUCAAGUACGAAUACGACUAUAUGACACCGACAUCGCUUAACCACUUGGAAGGUGCGGUCGGGCCGAUUACGAAACAGGAAGAUCAAACCAGUGCUCAUAAUCCGUUAUCCUCAGUGGAUAUGAAAUAUCCGUACUCGCUGGACUUUUCCCGUCAGAAUCCGUCCGCUGCUUCUGCAGCUCGAAGUCUUCAUCAUGACGUGAUUCAUCAUAACCACACCUACACAUUGCCGCAUAACAACGGUGCCAAUCCAAAGCCGCAGACGAGAGACAAACGGAUCCGCAAGAGCGAGGAGGAACAUCUGACUCGAGAUGAAAAGCGCGCCCGUAACCUUCAGAUCCCGAUUGCGGUGCAGGACAUCAUAAAUCUACCGAUGGACGAAUUCAACGAACGUCUGUCGAAGUACGAUCUGAACGAACAACAGCUUUCGCUAAUCCGAGACAUUCGGCGACGUGGUAAAAACAAGGUCGCUGCUCAAAACUGUCGCAAACGCAAACUGGACCAGAUCGUUUCACUAGCCGACGAAGUGAAGGAAAUGAAAAUGCGCAAGGAACGGUUGCUGCACGAUCAGGAUGUCGUCCUUUCGGAGCGAAAGAGAAUACGGGACAAAUUUGCUGCCCUGCACCGUCACGUGUUUCAGAACCUACGUGACAGCGAGGGUAACCUGUAUUCUCCGGAGCACUACAGUCUGCAGCAGAGUGCAGAUGGUUCGGUUGUGUUGGUGCCACGUAGAAUCGAUCGCCAACCGGAUCUAGCUGGAAGCAAUAGUCAUCACCAGCAGCAGCAGCAACAACAGCAGCAGUUAGGAAUGAAUUCAGUUUCAGCAGCCGCUGCUGCUGGUGGUGGUGGUGGGUUACAACAUUCGCACCAAAAUCUUCAUCACCACCACCCACACCAUCAUCAACAUCAUCCGCAACACCAUAGCAGCAGUCAGCACCACCAAAGCAAUGGAACACCAUCUAGCGGAAGCGCCAACAACACGAGCCAGCACCGUACAAAGGAGUGAGACCGGUUGCAACAAUACUACCAACGGUAUCCUUAUCACCAUCAGUGGCCACCGUUGUUUUACUAAUCCAUAGCGGGAUGCUCUGCUGAAUCUGUCUGAGAAACCCGUUCUAACUAAACACGAACCGAAGGGUCAAAUUGAAGCAGAAAACAGAGUAAAGUAGAUACAGACAGAAACACACACACACAACACAUCCACACACGAACGUACCUCAGGAAUUUAAGAACAUUUAAAGACCCUUGAAAACAUAGAACAUCCCCUGUCCUAGCUAGCGUUGAUUCGCCUUACGUGCUUACUGACAUGUGUUGCACUGCACCGAGAUACAGACGUUGUUGUACUAAAUCGAAAUGUGAAAGGAGCGAACCGUGUGUGUUAGUUAAGUAGGGACAUUUGAGGUCAUCUUUAUUUCUAUUCUACUUUCGUCUGAUUCCCUAGAAGAGAGUAGUACUACUAAGGAAAAAAAAAUCUAACCUAAUUUUGGUAGCGGGGCUCACUCACAAACUCAACUCACACACUCUCAGACGUUGAAGUUUUACUACAGCGUUACAAUCGAGCAAAACACAGAAGAACAAAAACAAAACCUGAAACAGAACAUCUUCGGAACAAUUCUGCAUGUCGGUGCGUCGUCCAGUUGGAUGCGCUCAUAUUGAGCGCGUUAAAUGUGGAUUAAUCCGCGCGGAAUACACCACUUAUUCAUGCGAACUUCUUCUACCCCCAUACACAGUUUCGGAUUCUACCUUGCGGUGUAAAGAGGUAGUGCAGAGAAAUUUCACACAUUCCCGAUUUGUUCAACAUUGUUUUGAUCAAAGUGAUUUAUAGAAUUAUUUCUUUUCUUUCGGUUAAGAUUUGUUGAAUUCUUGUGAAGUAAUGAAAUGUAUCAAAGGUAGGGAUUCAAAAUUCAGACAAAAACAAAAUUGAGAAACAAAAACCGAACAUCACAAUGUACUACUAAUCGAUCCAAUCUUGAAAGAGGAAAAAAAAUCGCUGAAAGUGUGAAUUGCAUGCAAUAUUACAGAGUUAGAUACACGCUUCCGAUUGGACAAAAGUCUACCCAGGAAAACCGCAUCAGCGGAAAAUCAAAAGGUACAAAUAGUACGAAAAAAUAUGUUUGUGAUGAAUAAUAUUAUUUAAUACUUAUUUUGUACAUAGUUCGUAGGAAUGACAAAACAAAAAACUAAAACACAAAAAAAAAUGAACACAUUCUGGAUUAAAGAUAAAGUGAUUGAAUUUAGCCAAAUCCAGAAUACAGUUGGCAAACAGUAAAGCUUCUUUUAGUGCGUAACAAUGAGGUGGAAAGAAAAAAGCAAGUCGUUUCUUCAAUAGACAGUAUAAACGUAUCUAAUUGAUAAUUAGCGUUAAUCUGGUAAGCCUCUAGGUAGAGUGGAGGGGGUAAACUACCCCGCCCCCGCUUUCUGGUUGCAUCGUUGUUUAGUUAUCAUUGGUUGGUAUUUUGUGCCUGGUUGAACUAAUCUUUCCGUUUUCUUCGUACAUUAAUACUCCUUUUCUCUUCUUCUUUGAACAAUAAUAACACCUGGAGAGCAGUGUGUUGUUUUUUUUUCUAAUUGAAAAUUUAACGAAUAACAAACAACGUGGAGGUAUGUAAUUUCUGGGUGAAUAUCUGAUAAAAACAAAACUAUUUGGAAUGAAAUUUGAAUACCGUUAACAUAAGUGCAUGUAAAAGCAAACAUGAAAAUGCAGCGAUACUUCUAAGGCAUUAUUAAGAUUGCUAUUGUUGUGUAAAUAUAUAUAUUAUACAGAAAUAAAAUCUAUGAAAAUCUAACAA